UUAUGUUAAACCAGAAUUCCUGAGAAAAUCAACACAAAUGAACCAAAAAACGACAGUUCACCACCAAUAUGCUUCAAACGUAUAAACUAUGGCGGCAAAUCACAAAGAGACAUUUGAAAACGGAACGCCGUUUAUAGGGCUGCGCGAGCGCAGGGCCGAUUCCGAAUUCAAAUAUAGAACGGGAAGGAUAUGGGUUCGACCGGAUGUCGGUAUACGCUUCCUGUCGGUCGCCAUCUUGAUAAUCGGUUGCCAUGGUUACCAAGAACAGAGAUUUGCUAUGGAACCACAAGACCAGAGUGCAAUCAUAGGAUCGCGAGUGACUCUCCCAUGUCGCGUAGAGAACAAGGUGGGGACUCUACAAUGGACGAAGGACGACUUCGGUCUUGGGACGCACAGGAACCUCAGCGGAUACGACCGGUACGCCAUGAUCGGGAGCGACGAAGAAGGGGACUACUCAUUGGAUAUCAAGGAGGUUUCUUUAGAAGAUGACGGACAGUACCAGUGCCAAGUCAGUUCGGGAUUAAAUGGUGAACCACCGAUCCGAUCUCGGUAUGCCCAAUUAACAGUGCUGGUAGCACCAGCUCCCCCUCGUAUCUUACGGGGAGCAUUCAUAGAUGCGACGGAAGACCAGCCAGUGGAGAUCGAAUGCGUGUCUUCUGGUGGAAAACCAGCGGCUGAGAUUACCUGGUUAGACGGGAACCAAGCUGUUAUCAAGAAGCCUGUCAAAAGUUCAGUAGAACUUCUUCCUGAUGGCCUGAAAUAUAAAACGAGGUCGGUCCUGCGGUUAACCCCCACGAAGGGUCACCACAACCAGACGAUCACCUGCCAAGCCCAGAACACAGCCGACAGAGCACCGAGGAUGGCCACAGUUCAUAUAGAGGUGAAAUACAUGCCGAAGGUGAAUGUGACAAUAAGCUCUGGGGUCAACCCGGACAAGAUACCCGAGGGUUCAGAACUGAGGGUCAGGUGUGAUGUGGAUGCCAACCCACCAGCUCAAGUGUACCGCUGGUAUAUAAACAAUAACCCCGUGAUUGGAGAUUAUACUGAUGAAAUGAUCAUCUUCAAUGUAUCUCGGAAGCAUCACAAUGGGGUUGUCAGGUGUGAAGUCAGCAACUCCGUGGGGAAAGGAGAAGGGAAUACCACUCUGCAGGUUACAUACCCUCCAACAUUUCGGACACGGCCUCAGAAUGUGGAGACAGAUUUAGGCUCAAGCGUGAUCCUGAGCUGUGAUGUGGAUGGACAGCCUCAGCCGGAGAUCAGGUGGCUGUUCCACGAACCAGGGCGGAUAGGGCAGGUCAAAGGAAAGGCUCCGAACUUGAAGGUCUACGUGAGUAGGGAGACAGCUGGCAGAUACAUCUGCAAGGUCAUCGAGGAAGGAUAUCCUGAGAUCGAGAGCGAAGCCAUCAUUUUUAUCAAGAGUGCUCCAAAGAUUCUCUCCAAUAGGACUCAAUUCGGGAUGGAAGGGGAGAGUGUUCGAAUAGAAUGCGCUGCGCAGUCUGUGCCUAAACCUGAUGACAUCAGGUGGUACUUCGAAGGUCGGGAGAUCAGCGUCAUCCAGGAUCCGGAUUACGCGACGUUAGAAGAGGUACUGCCAGAUGGUGUGGUGAAGUCAAGCCUGGUGAUCAGAGCCAGUCAGUCGAAACACUACGGUCGCUAUAACUGUAGUGUCACUAAUGAGUAUGGAAAUGCUAACGCUGCGAUUACGCUGAAGCCUUUGAAAACCCUGCCCCUCUACAUCAUCCUCAUCGGAGUAACAUCAGGCAUCAUCAUCUUCUCCGCCUUCAUUAUCCUGGUGGUAGUCUGCCACAGGAGAAGGCGGAAGAAGGGUCAGAUGAAUGAGAAACCUGACGUCACAGUCACAGGAGAUGUGUAUAAAGAGAGUGAUAGGAGUUCAAAUAUCAGCGAUCUGAAACUUCAGCUGCCUCAGAGUGAUGGGAGCUAUGAAUUGGACUACACAAGCUCUGAUCGAUCAGACAGCAAGCUGCACGCCGGUCUGCCACUAGCUGGUCCAGUUGCCUUGCCCAACAUGCGACACGACGACCCUCUGAUGCAGUUCCGGUACAGCAAUGACUACUCCGACCCUACGUAUAGUGACCCCUAUUACAAGAGCCCCGCGGGCUUCGUCUACGACUAUCCACAGGGGUACGCCCCCCCUCCCCACCUGCGAGUACAGUCACCCCCUCUCGAACCCCCUUCUAGGUCUCUGCAAGGAUCAUUGACGCGCAGCAUCGACACAGCGUCGACUCUACCGUUGUCAGCCGGCAAUGGAUCGCAAAACAACACAUUACAACGAACGAACAAAAGUUUGGAUGAGACGGAUGCUAUUAAUAAUUUGGGUCUUCCUGUUGGAGAUGGACCUCCAACUCCUAUAUACGCCCAGCCGAGCAUCAAACCCCAACCCAAUGUGGACCUGAGGUACUCAGCUACGUACGGUAACCCGUACCUAAGGAACAGUAAUAUUGGCUACAACAGCCAAGUGCACACGGCUAAGCCCGCGGCGACGCCCGCCCCGCCGCCAUACUCGGCCAUCAGAAGUUCUGUCGUUUUACCUCCAGGUAAAUAAAGACAUCACGCUGUUGUAAGGGUAAUGGCAGUCAGCCGACUCAAGGCACUCAUGUAUAGCGGUGUAUAAUACUUGUGUAAAAAUGGACAUUUGAAAUCUGGCGGAAAUUAUGCUGUAUGUGUAACAUACUAUGUUCCUAAUAUAAUGACUGAGGUGUAUAUACGAUAGAAUAGGCCCCCUAGACUACUUUGUAAAUCGAUGGAUUUGUCAACGAACUGACUGGACGAAAAAUGAUUUUUAUGUUUUUAUUUUUGUUAAAUAAAAAUAUGAUUUUAAUUUAUGACUUGAAUAAUUUAAAUGAAGUUUACUUUUUUCUUCCAGUGACUUUGAUUCGAAUGCGAAUAAUGAUUUGAAUUUUCGAAUUGUCGACUUUUGAAUGUACGAAAAUGUAUUAUCAAAUAAAAUAAAUGUAAAGCUAAA